CAUCCACCAACGGGAGCCGGCCACGGCGGGGAACGUGGAGGUGGAGCCGGGCGGGCUGUGAGGAGCGGCGGCGGCAGAGGGAGGCUGCAGCCAUGGGGGUGCGCGGAGCGGGCGGCCUGUGGUGGGGUACGGUGAGCUGCACGUUAUUCCUGGCAGUGAAUGGUUUGUAUUCGGCCAGUGAUGAUGUGAUAGAGCUAACGCCAACCAACUUCAACAAGGAGGUCAUUCAGAGUGAGAGCCUGUGGCUCGUGGAGUUCUACGCCCCAUGGUGUGGUCAUUGUCAGAGACUGACCCCUGAGUGGAAGAAAGCUGCAACAGCAUUAAAAGGUGUAGUGAAAGUAGGUGCAGUAGAUGCAGAUAAGCAUCAGUCCUUGGGUGGACAGUAUGGAGUCAGAGGUUUUCCAACUAUCAAGAUAUUUGGAGCCAACAAAAACAAAGCAGAAGAUUAUCAGGGUGGCAGGACAAGUGAAGCCAUUGUUGAUGCUGCUCUGAGUGCUCUUCGGUCCCUGGUGAAAGACCGGCUCAGUGGCAGAAGUGGAGGAUACAGUUCUGGGAGACAGAGCCGAGAAAGCGGAGGUGGAGAUAAGAAGGACGUGAUUGAACUGACUGAUGACAGCUUCGAUAAGAAUGUCAUAAAUAGUGACGAUGUGUGGAUGGUGGAGUUCUAUGCCCCAUGGUGUGGGCACUGCAAAAACCUGGAGCCAGAAUGGGCAGCUGCUGCCACUGAGGUGAAGGAACAAACCAAGGGAAAAGUCAAGCUGGCUGCGGUAGAUGCAACAGUCAAUCAGAUGCUGGCGAGCAGAUAUGGGAUUCGUGGAUUUCCCACAAUUAAGAUAUUCCAGAAAGGAGAAGACCCUGUUGAUUAUGAUGGAGGGAGAACUAGAUCUGAUAUCGUUGCUCGUGCUCUGGAUCUAUUUUCUGAUAAUGCACCACCACCUGAGCUUCUGGAGAUAAUUAGUGAAGAUGUUCUGAAGACUACCUGUGAUGCUCAUCAGCUCUGCAUCAUUUCUGUCCUGCCUCAUAUUCUUGACACAGGAGCCUCGGGAAGGAAUUCUUACCUGGAUGUCAUGUUAAAAAUGGCUGAAAAAUACAAAAAGAAGAUGUGGGGGUGGCUGUGGACCGAAGCUGGUGCUCAGUCAGAUCUUGAGAGCUCUUUGGGAAUAGGAGGCUUUGGGUAUCCAGCCAUGGCAGCUGUUAAUGCCCGGAAGAUGAAAUUUGCCCUCCUGAAAGGAUCAUUCAGCGAACAGGGGAUUAAUGAGUUUCUCAGGGAACUGUCUGUUGGCCGUGGUUCUACAGCACCAGUAGGAGGUGGAGCUUUCCCUAAAAUUCACACAGUUGAACCUUGGGAUGGCAAAGAUGGUGAGCUUCCCGUUGAAGAUGAUAUCGACCUGAGCGACGUGGAUCUGGAUGAUAUCUGGGAUAAAGAUGAGCUGUGAGAUCUUGAGGAAACUUCUUUUCUUGGGAGAGCUUGCGUAGCAGUUUACAACCCGGUUCACGUUCAGAUGGAUAUUCCAGUGGCCUUUUUAUGGAGCAACGGCACGUGACACGAUGUGCUACGUGAUGCACUGCAGCAGUGAACUGUACGCAACUCAAGAAAACAUUGCAGAAAUUCUAUGAAUUGUCACAAGCGGUAAACUUGAUUGUAUUCUGUGUAACAAAUAUUUUGAGGACAGCAUCGAUUUGUUUUUUAUUUCUCUUUCGAAACAUCCUGGGUUUGAUUUUGUUGACGGUGUGUUGGAGUGUUACAGGAAGCUGUUAGUGUCACUGAUUUUAAAUGUGGGUUUUGUUUUUUGCUUUUCUGUGGAGGUGGAACCUGGUCAGCUUCUGUUUCAAUUAAAUAAAACAGAAUAUUUUUGACACACAGUGUUAGUCUUGUACGGAGAAAUGGAGGUGCACACGUUAGAAGUUACUCUGGUUUGGAUGAGUCUUCAGUAACAAACAGCAGAAGAGAGAGGCUGGUGAAGAGAGCUGUCCUGCUUUAACUGUGAAAGGUAUCGAUGGUUUGUGCUAAAGCUUGGCUAGAGCGGCAGUCUUAGCUUAAAUGUUCUUCAGGCUUCCCUUUCCUAUUCUCUCUCAGGGGUUUUCUCUUUCUUUGUGCCAGCCUCGAUAUGAUCAUUAAUACUAUGGAAGUUGGGUUGCUGCUGCAAUGGGAGAUGCCAUCCAGUAGAAGACGCUGCUGAGCUGGGAGCUGCUGGUUUUUUUUCCCCCAGGAGUGACAGUGAAACUAAUCCCCAUUUUUAGGACAUGAGUAUAUCUAGGUGCUAAUAGUCAAAAGCCAAAGUGCUGUUUGGAUCCAGUAUUUCUCUUUCCAUCUGGCAUUGUUUUGAUAGGAAAUUGCAGUUUCCUUCGAUGAGGAGGCAGGGUUUGGUGUGAACACAGUGCUCUUUUUAAUAAGAAAACACCAUGGCCUUUUGUUGCUCUCCGUGUCUUGUGUAUCGGUGUCCAGUAGAAUGACCCUCAUGUGAUCAGUUUGUUUCUAAGUAAGGAAUGAAGGAACUGAAAGUUCCCAUCCUUUCAAGGAAAUAACUUGAAAUGGAAGUACAGAAUCUGCUGUUGGUCUGAGCUAGGAGCUGUGUAAUAACUGCUGGCAGCCUGACCACUGAUGCGGGGAAGGAAACCUUCAAUUCUACAUUGUCCCAGCUCUUCUAACAGACGUGUUCUAACUGAUGUGUCUUGGCAAAGACUGAACUGUGAGCACUUGGAACCACAAGUCUUCCUCCAGUCAAUCUUUGAGUCUCUUUCUUCUUAAGGCGUUUAUGGAAACAAACAGAAGCCCUGAGGCUUUGCUCUGAUGCUCUGUCCUUCCUUUUUUUUUCUUUCCUGGUUGAAGUUUGCUUUGUUACAAAACCAGUACUGUACAAUUAGUAGAAACACGAGCCACCACACCAAAAAGUAGCCACAAAAUGGUUUAAUUUGAAGUCCGAUAGAUUCCAUCUUUGUAACUUACCAAAAAAUAAUAAAUAUUACCAUAGUA